GCAGGGCAAGAAGGAAGUGAUUGAAAAUGGAGAAAGAAGUAGACGAUCCACCUGUUGCAGUUGAAAUCGAUCAAACUGGGCAACAAUCUUAUUACCACUCGCAAUCCGAUUCAAAACGACCUCAAACGGAUGACGUUUCCGUUGGGGUGACCGUCAUCACGGGCUAUCUCGGUGCUGGCAAAUCCACUCUUGUUAACCAUAUCUUGAAUUCUCAACAUGGAAAGAGGAUUGCUGUCAUUUUGAACGAGUUUGGGGAAGAGAUUGGAGUUGAAAGGGCAAUGAUAAAUGAAGGAGAAGGUGGUGCACUUGUUGAAGAAUGGGUUGAGCUGGCAAAUGGGUGUAUUUGUUGCACAGUUAAGCAUAGUUUAGUUCAAGCACUGGAGCAACUUGUACUGAUGAAGGAAAGUAGACUUGAUCAUAUAAUAAUCGAGACCACAGGGUUAGCAAAUCCUGCUCCUCUUGCUUCUGUUCUUUGGUUGGAUGAUCAGCUGGAAUCGUCUGUUAAGCUUGAUUCUAUAAUCACUGUUGUGGAUGCCAAAAAUCUACCUUUUCAGCUCAACAAGCAUCGUGACUCAUCUUCAUUUCCUGAAGCUUUUCUUCAAAUAGCAUUUGCGGAUGUUGUUAUUCUUAACAAGGUUGAUUUGGUUUCUUCAGAGAUCUUGGAGGAAUUGGAGAAGGAGAUACAUAACACUAACUCCCUCGCCAAUAUCAUUCAUUCUGUUAGGUGUGAAGUUGAUUUGUCCAAAAUAUUGAACUGUCAGGCAUAUGAUGCAACUCAUGCUACUCAUUUGGAAGCAUUGUUGGAAGAAAGCAAGUCGCUAUCUACCAGACAUCUUCAUGAUGGUGGUGUGCGAACUGUUUGCAUUUGUGAUUCGCAGCAGGUUGAUCUUGAUAAGGUUCGUUUAUGGCUUGAGGAGAUUCUAUGGGAUAAGAAAGAUGGCAUGGAUGUAUACCGAUGCAAAGGGAUUUUAAGGGUUCAAAACUCUGAUGAACUACAUACAUUGCAGGCUGUGAGGGAGAUAUAUGAUAUUGUUCCAGCUCGCAAAUGGGAAGGAUCAGAAAAUCAAAUGAACAAAAUAGUUUUCAUAGGUCAUAAUCUGAAUGAGGAUGUUCUUCUUGAUUCUUUUAGAGGUUGUGCACUGACAACUUAGCUCUUGAACUUUCUAAACUUGCAAAUAGACUGUUGUAGUGGGUUGUAAGUCUAGAUUAUAUGCAGAUCAAAAUUUUAGAAUUUGAUUAGGUGUUUAUUCUAGAUUUUGUUUGGUCCAUCAAUAGGGGCAACUCUUCUCUUCUACAUGAGCCUUCAACCCACUCCAUUGAAUUCAAACUUUAAGACCAAUUAAUUGAAGUUGAGUUAUACUGCUUAGUUA